CCAUUGCUCUAUCUAGCUACCUCUAGGCACAUUUGGAGUGUCUUGAAGAAGCCAGAACUUAAAAUCAUAGAAUCUCGGAAUUGGAAGGACUGUCAGUUAUCAUCCAGACCCAACGGAUCUAAGAACAAAUUCCCUUUCCAACAUCGCUAAGAAAGGAUAAAGGAGUAGCUCCCAAAGCAGCCCAUUCUCUUGGUGUCACACAGAAAAGAAGAAGGACCAAGAAAGGUAUAAAACUCACCGGAUAUAAUCUGUACUAUUUGCCAAUCAGUGCCCACAUAAGCACUGGACCGAGUUCUUUUUCUUCGGUACCUGAUUUGAAGGCUUGCUACUACGGACCAGGCAACUAGAUCUCCUGUAGUCUUCCUCUGGGGGGCGCUGCAGAGCCAGGAGAGAGUCUCCCUUAGGAGCUGAAACCAUCUACAAUUCUACAAGGAUAAGUAGGAAGCCUGAUCUUAGGGAAGCGGCUCGUAUAAGGAAGAGGCAGGGUGCUCUUCCCCAAAUUCAGCUCUGAAAUAAAAUGGAUCAUGUGAGCGGGUCAGAGAGGUUUAUGGAGCCUGGUUGCCUUCAUGCCAAUGGUUGUAAAUACCUAUGCCAACUCGGGUAUAAAACGCCCAUCCAGCCUGGUUUGGGAGAGGAGAACCGUCAUUCGACCCCCGUUUCCCAGCUCAUCCCUGGUUCCAGACAGUGACUCGACCCCUCUACCGUCCCUGGCCGCCACUAUCAUGUCGGAGGAGCUGGUACCGGGCACCAAGGAAAGCCCACAACCCCCCGGACCCGCGCCUCGGGAGGGAUGGAAGAAGGGCGGCCGGAUGCUGUCGGUCCUGCUGUCUGUCAAUGUGCUCCUCCUCGCCUGCACCCUCAUAAGCAGCGGCGCCUUCAACAAGGUGGCGGUGUAUGACACAGAUGUAUUCGCAUUGCUUAUGGCUAUGAUGCUUCUCACCAUUAUCUGGAUUCUCUUUUAUCUCUUGCGAACCUCCAGACGCCCCGAUGCAAUCCCCUACCUGGACUCCCACGCAGGCCCAAUCUGGCUUCAAGGUGGGCUGAUCCUAUUUGGUGUCUGUACCCUGGUCAUGGAUGUCUUCAAAACAGGCUACUAUUCCAGUUUCUAUGAGUGUCAAUCAGCCAUCAAGAUCCUGCAUCCCAUCAUACAAGCUAUAUUUGUCAUUGUUCAGACAUACUUCCUCUGGGUCUCAGCCAAGGACUGUAUUCAUGUCCACCUGGACCUGACCCGAUGUGGUCUCAUGUUCACACUCACAACCAACUUGGCCAUCUGGAUGGCAGCUGUGGUGGAUGAGUCUGUUCACCAGACACACUCCUAUAAUGGCAAUAGUAGCCAUGCUCGUCUUACUUCUGAGGAACGGGUGGGCAGCACAACAGGAGAAGCCUGUCCUUGCAACACCACCUUCUGUCAGAUCUUCAAACAGGGCUACUUCUACUUGUACCCCUUCAACAUUGAGUACAGUCUCUUUGCCUCCACCAUGGUCUAUGUCAUGUGGAAGAAUGUGGGGCGCCUGAUGAGCUCUUCCCAUGGCCAUGGCCACGGCCAUACCCCAUCCCCUGCCAGCUUCUUCCGGGGAACCCUCUUCAUUGGACCUGUGCUGGGCUUGCUCAUACUUGUGGUAGGGCUAGGAGUCUUCAUUGUCUAUGAAGUCCAGGUGAGUGGGGACAAGAGUGGGACCCACCAAGCCCUGAUCCUCUACUACAGCUUUAACAUAGCCUGCUUGGGACUCAUGAUCCUAGUCAGCCUUGGGGGCUCUAUCAUCUACCGUUUUGAUCAAAGGACGAUGGACCAUCACAAGAACCCAACUCGUACAGUGGAUGUAGCUCUCCUGAUGGGAGCUGCUCUUGGGCAAUAUGCCAUCUCUUACUAUUCUAUUGUGGCUGUGGUGGUGGGUACCCCCAGGGAUCUGUUGGGUGGACUGAACCUCUCCUAUUCCUUGCUAAUGAUUGCCCAGCACACCUUCCAGAACAUUUUCAUCAUCGAGAGCCUCCACCGAGGUCCCCCUACUGUGCAGGGAAACCCAUCCAAUGAGCCCAUCCAUGGCCUCACCUACACUAAUCAGGACGCUCUCCAGACUUUGCCUGCCUACCCAUCCACUCCUAGGCUGGUGGGCUCCGCCCCUGCUACCGCCCAGGAGGCAGUAACCAUUAUCUCAGACCCUCAGAGGAACUGGAGGCGAAGAUGCCUGAAGGAUAUUUCACUUUUUCUACUGUUGUGCAACGUGAUUCUCUGGAUCAUGCCUGCCUUUGGUGCCCGCCCUCAUUUCAACAACAACCUGGAAGUGGAUUUCUAUGGCUACUCUCUGUGGGCAGCCAUUGUCAACAUCUGCCUUCCCUUCGGAAUCUUCUACCGAAUGCAUGCUGUCUCCAGCUUGCUGGAGGUCUAUGUCCUGUCUUAAAGCUCCCUCUUCCCUCUUGUACUUCCACAGAAGGCUUCUAGAGCCCAGCCCAAACUGAUGGACAACAUUGAUUGUGCCCAUAUUCUCCCCAGGGAGAGAAAAGACAACUCUUAGGAAAGGAGUUUUAAGUCCAGGAAAUGGGAAGGGGAUUCCUAUACCUAUUUCCCCAAUUCCACCCAAGUCCAGCUGCCUCCUUCUCCAGUUCUCCCAUUCCCUACUUCAUUUGCUCAAGGUAUCCUCUUAGAAAACUAAGCUGAUGACAAUAACUGGAAGAAUAAGGAUUUUAACAUAUGUUUUCACCAAAUAAGUUUGCUGUUUGAGUUGAGGGUUUUUUUUUUAAGUCAAAAUCCUUGACUUUAUAUCACUUUAAAGUCAAAAUUGCUUUUCUCCUACUUUGCCUUUCAAUCUAUACAAUGAGACCUGUAUUUUGGUAUAAACUCAGGCCCCUGAACUGAUUCUUUAUCCAAAGUGUUUGGAAAAAGGGUAAAGGAAAAACAAUCUUUCCUCUGUUCUUAAGCUCCCCAAAAUUGGUCUGCAGGACCCUCCCAUAUUCUCACUUAUAGAAUCCCUUAGUUCACUAUGUUUUGAGUCAGAAACCAAAUAAACUUGUGAUUCUCUAA